GCGGGGGCAGACAAUAUGAGUCAUGCCCUGGGCCUGGAGUUGAGGAGGGAAGCGCCGCCUCUCCUAGGGCCCCUUCUCUCCCCCUUUCCUCCCGCUGGUUCCUGGCACAACCAGAUGCUGCGCAGCAAUCACCGAUUCCCCAUCACCAGUUCGGCUGGAGCGCCCCGCAAAGCCGCAGGCAAGAUGAACAUCCUGGCGCCAGUGCGGAGGGACCGCGUCCUGGCGGAGCUGCCCCAGUGCCUGAGGAAGGAGGCCGCUUUGCACGUGCGCAAAGACUUCCACCCCCGCGUCACCUGCGCCUGCCAGGAGCACCGGACAGGCACCGUGGGAUUUAAGAUCUCCAAGGUCAUUGUGGUGGGGGACCUGUCGGUGGGGAAGACUUGUCUCAUUAAUAGGUUCUGCAAAGACACGUUUGAUAAGAACUAUAAGGCCACCAUUGGAGUGGACUUUGAGAUGGAACGAUUUGAGGUGCUGGGCGUCCCCUUCAGUUUGCAGCUCUGGGAUACCGCUGGACAGGAGAGGUUCAAAUGCAUUGCAUCGACUUACUACCGUGGCGCUCAAGCCAUCAUCAUUGUCUUCAACCUGAAUGAUGUGGCCUCCCUGGAACAUACCAAGCAGUGGCUAGCGGAUGCGCUCAAGGAGAAUGACCCUUCCAGUGUGCUUCUCUUUCUCGUGGGCUCCAAGAAGGACCUGAGUACUCCUGCUCAGUACGUGCUGAUGGAGAAGGACGCACUCAAGGUGGCCCAAGAGAUGAAGGCCGAGUACUGGGCAGUCUCCUCUCUCACGGGUGAAAAUGUCCGGGAAUUCUUCUUCCGUGUGGCGGCACUGACCUUUGAGGCCAACGUGCUGGCUGAGCUGGAGAAAUCAGGGUCCCGGCGCAUUGGGGACGUUGUCCGUCUCAACAGUGAUGACAGCAACCUCUACCUAACUGCCAGCAAGAAGAAGCCCACGUGCUGCCCAUGAAGGGUGAGGGGACUGUCCAGAGACUGCCCAGCUUCAGGGCGCUGUGCCACCUUGACUCUCCCAGAGCUUAACUCUCCAGGACAUUUGCACUGACUGUUUUUCCAGACCAAAGAACUGCCCCUUGGCAGUAUCCCCAGAUUGGUAGCUGGGACCAGGCGAGUCCUGUCCUCAGGCACCGUGCCAAAGACCUCCCUUGCCCCACCUCCAGGGGCCCUGCAGGCUGCUGUGGUGGGGAGGUGGGCCCUGCUGCUCUUGCUCAGCCUGCUGGGCCCUCUGGGUAUGAGGAUGCCUAACGGUUCCAGCCUCACACUGUGCCUUAUGCAUUAAAAUAUCCGUUAUUAGCA